CAGUCAGUGAGUGUCCGCUGGUCGUGGUGCGUGCACGCCGUUCUCGUCGUCGACAGUCAUAUACAUAUUCGGGAUCGAGUACCUAGUGUUUGUGAGGUUCUAUACAUUGUGAAGUGCCGGAAUAUAACUCGGAGUUUUGGCAAUUGAUGGUGGGGCAAGCGCGGCCAGGAUGGCGGCGGCGCAGCAGGUGCGACUGCUGCUGUGGAAGGACUACCUCAUACGGAGGAGGAAACCGAUCACGCUAGCGGGCGUGGUGUGGGCGGCGCUGGUGCUCAUGUCGCUGUACAUAGUGCGCUCCAACAUCGACAACGUACAGCAUCCCACAUGUCAGUUCGCUGCGCGUGCGCUGCCCAGCGCUGGAGUUCUGCCGUUCCUGCAGUCGUUCGUGUGUAGCGUCAACAACGAAUGCGAGCCCUUGGACCAGUAUGAGGAAAUACCCCCCUAUGAGAAUGCCAGUUUCACGCAGAUCUACCGGGAGAUAUCGCCGCUGAUCAAUAACGCGACCGUCACGGGGUCGGCGGCGACGGUGCCCGACGCGCUCAAGCUGCUGGCCACGCUGGCCGACGUCGCCGACACGCCCGCCUUCCUGCACAUCGUCAGAAAGGGUUUGUUCGUGAAGGACUUGUUCCGCAACCCCACGCGGGUGAAGCGCUACCUGUCGCAGAAGCUCGGCGUGCCCGAAUAUGUUAUGGGCAGUAUCAUGGACGCCGAGAUUGGUAUUGAUGCUCUCUUCAAAGGGGGCAUCGAAGUAUGCGACAGAGGGUCCAUGUCUCGGGCUCUCAAGGUGAAGGACGGGCAGCAUCUGCAGGUGUUGGUGGGGCGGCUGUGCGAGGCGGACAAGGGCCUGCUGCAGGACCUCGUCAUGGACCUGCUGUUCGAGAUGGACCUGGGCAAAUACGUGCAGAUGCUCGGCGAGAUGUACUACAAGCUAUCGGAGGACGACCGUCUCGUGCGGAUCGCGGAGAUGGUGGCGGGCGCGCUGCGGAUGACGUCGCUGGACAGCUUCCUGCCCUCCGAGCUGCCCAUGAUCUUCUCCGGUCGAGACGUCGACUUCAGUUACAUCAACCUGACUAUGAUUACAAGGUUGUUGGAGGCCUUCAAACCCACCUUUGGUGAAACCGAAUCCUACAAAUCUAUACGAGAGGUCGCCGACACCACUAUCAUUGGCAUGCAGUACUUGAGUAGCUUUGUAAGGAAAUCGAGAACGAACGCGGAUGACGAGGAUACUGAGGUCAAGACUAGUAUCAGAUCACAGAUUAAGGCGCAAGUUGGGAAAAUAUAUCAGACGGUAGACAGUAUAGGAAAUGCUAUCACUGAUUUGAUUGAGAGCGAUACUUUUGACAUUUUUAAAAUAUUACCCCAAGUGGCAAAUGUUUUCAUCAAAUGGUUGUCCAACGACGCCAAACAUGAGGUAAUAUUGUACUCCACGAUGCUUGCCAAGCUGUUGCAAGGCGCAGAAAAAGUUAUUGACAUUAACAUAAACAUAGAACAGUGGCUCUACAACGCGUCCUUGCGGAACCCCGAGGGUGUUAAAAUUUUACUUAACUUGCCCGCGGCGGUGCUUGGAAAUGGACUAGAAGCCCUUGCUGAUGUGGACAGAACUCAGAUAAUGGUAACCAAGCUAGGCAGCCCGCGACAGAUGUUUUGUGACACAGAUCGUAUUGAGAAGUUCUUUUUGGUAUCACAUGAUACUUCAACGCAGCUAAAGACUCAGCUUUGUACCGACGCGUGGGCCAACUUCACCAAUGACUUGCUUCAAUCCUUUGGAAUCAAGGAGGUUAAGAAUAAUAUUAACAAUAUGGCAGCAAUAUUUAUAUUAGAAGCACUCGGAAAGGACACCACUGAUUAUCUUUAUACAAUAGACAAAGAUUUCGAAGUACUGAAAAACUUCACAACUGCACUGACUAAAAUGGAUCGCGCUGAAAAACCAAAACUAGAUUGGAGUAAAGUGUUAAAUGUGUCCAAAAAUUCAGAGAUUAUGAAAGUUAUAACGGAAAAAGCUAGGCUUUCCAAGCAUAUGCUUAUAACCAUGCACGGAACCUUUGCAAAGGAAGUGGUGACGCAGAAUCCCCUACUGAGUUUUAAAAUUGCAACACAUCUCAAGAAGGCUACAGUCGUAAUAGAGGCGUUAAAAGAACAACUAAAUACCGUACCAAGCAAUGUAACAACCCGAGCGAAACAGCUGUACCCUGAGAUUCUACAAACAGUGAUAGCUACAGCUCGCAAUGAAGAGAAGUCCUAUCUAUCUUUAUCUACCCCUUGGGAGGAAAUAUUUUGUAAUGGCGAAGAAAAUGCUUCUAAAUACCUGGAAUUUGGUGCCAACGUUAACGGGGAAAAAGUAUCUGCUGCUUUAUGUGAUAUAGCGAUAGCUAUAGAAAAAGGAUUGACAAAUAAGUCUAUUAUUGCAAAAACUAUUGAAAAAUUGGAAAACAUGAAGGAAGAUUCACUUGAUGACGUAGAUUGGAAUAGACUAAUAACAGGGCUAAAUGAGCUCUAUGGAAAACUUUAUAAUGAUUAUACUUACAUAUUCGAGUACAACAACUUUGGUAUGGAUGAGGAGCUACAUAAAAAAAUUAAGAUGGAAUUAAAGCAGGCGAUAAACUUUUGGUUCAAUAUAAGAAAUCUCGAUCGUCUUAUGCAUGUCGUACUAAAAUUCGGGUUUCGUCUGUUGGACGUUAUGGACCACGCAGCUUUCAACAUGACGCACGAGAUUUGGCUGAAAAUGAAAUAUGGCCUCGGUAUAGUAGAAGGUCCUGUGCAGAUCGCCCAUGACGUCAUCAGUGUGAUCUCUAACACGUUAACGAAGUCGGAUGUUCACUCAGAUAUGCCGCCACUCACAGCUGCACUGGUAAAAGAAAUUGCACCCAACGUCCCACGACUGGUGUACGAUAUGGCAGACCUAAUGACUAGAUAUGAUUUAGAUAUUGAACCAGUGAUAACAAUAUUAAAUGCGUCACCGUCGUGGCCAUGUUCGGUCACUAGUAUGUACGAGAUACUGACCUUCAACAAGACAUCAGCGAAGACUUUACAAUCCGUAGAAGCUCUUUCUUGUUUCAACAGCACCUUGCAAGAAGAGUGGGCCAAAUACACAACAGACAAAAAUAUAUCUACUAUAAAACCGUGGAACUCAACCAUCGUCUACCCCGAUCACGUAUUUCUGAAGUUCUCGGCUACUUUCGAUUUAUUCGUAAAGGAUUUGAGUAGUAUAAAUUCAAUAAUCAAGGAAACGUUUUUAGUGGACAAAGAUGACGAUAAUAUAGAUUUCGCAGCUGCUCUGGAAUACAUCAUUACCGCUGUUAACAAUACUGACAGAGCUCAUUUUAGAAAGCUUUUAACUAAAGUUGACAAAGUUAUGAACAUAAUAGACACUCCUUUGCUAGAAACGAAUAUAACUCUGAACAAACUAUGGAAGAAAUACUUUACUUGUGUUGAUGAUGAAGGUUUCGAGCAAUGUAGAGGACUGUUGCGGCUGAGUGUAGUGCGCUCGAUGCAGUUUGUCUCUAUGACUUUCGGAGCCUUCUCCGAAGAUCUACACAGAUAUUUAACAGAAGCAAAUGAACCGAACGCUUCAAUCCUAAAAAUGUUAGGAUUUACAAGUAACACUGGCAUGUUUAUGCUGUACGACAGAUUUGGAGACUUUGUUUCUAUUCUAGUCAAUUCUUAUCUGGAUUUGGGAUUUAUGUCCCAGGUUUAUCGCGCCUCCCAACUUGAGUUUUGGGACUGCGAGGACGUGACGAGGUCGAUCAGGCCGGGCCCCGGGAGCGCCAUCGACAAGGCGGUCAUAAGACAUCUGGAGCCCUUCCUCUGUCCGUCGCUGUUCUACUGGCUCUCCACUCCCAUCGGAGACAACAUAUUGCUAGAUCUUAUUGCUAAACCGCAAUAUUUCCUUUUUAAAUCGAACAUAUCGAGCUUCUCCAGUGCCUUCGAAGAAGCGUACGAUAAAGCUAUGGAUCUCACCGACUACGCUAAAGAACUCUCUUUAAAUACGAACGUAUUCAAAGAAAAGAUUACAUUAGAUAAAAUGAGAGCAAAAAUGGAAAGUACUCUAGACCCUAUAUUCACAUUUAAGAUUAACAAAACUGAUGAUUCGUAUGUGUCCUUUGCCAACGUUACCGAAAUCCAAACAUAUGCAACGAUCUAUUUAACGCAUAUCGCAACUGUAGCUAACAAAUUCGCGGACUACAUAGACAAGCUCAAUGUUACAGAUGUUAUUGACUCGUUGAAUGCUACAGAGGAAGAUGCACGCACUAUCGCUUACGAGCUAAAUAUUAUAAAGAAAAUACCGAUUCGAAACCCGCAUCAUUUUAUAGCUUUCCAUUUUGACUUGAUCACUUACAUGCUUUGGGAAAAUAACGGAAACUAUACAAUCUUAGAUGCUUUGAAAUACACCUGUGAAAGCUGGAAAAACAAAGCCAAUAAUACAAAUAUUGUGCUCGACAACGACAGGAUCAAAGCUCAAAUCUGUUCAAAGAAUUAUACUAUACUUUACGAACCAGUAAGCGACAUGUUCGACGAAAACACAGAAAAAGCGAGAAAUAGUUUAGUUAAUUUUGUUUGGGUUCUAAACAAGGACAAAUCGAACGCUGACAUUGGAGAAAUAUCGGAGUUUUUAAAAUCAAGGACAGAAGUGAUCGAUGCGUUGCAAACAUCAGUUAACUAUGCGCACGACCUCAAAAUACCCGUGUAUUUGAAAUAUUUACAUAACAAACUGAGACAUUACAAUGUAAUCGUGAGCUUCUUGUCGGGCGGCGACUGGUGGUCGGAGUUCCGGAGCUUGUACAAUACGGAGGCAGUUGUAAACGAAGUUCUAGAUACCAUUGAAAAUAUCUUUCCCAUUGCUGAAGACAUCAUCGCUAACGUAGAUAGAAUACACAUAGCGAGAUUCAUGCACGACAUAAACGUAAAUAACACGGCAACGUUCUGUCGGGCGAACAUUUCAGUAGCUGACUACCUGCCGGAUAACACGCGCGCACUGCGCCACCUGCACCGACACAUCUGUGACACGGACCGCAACGAGAUCAUCACCGCCAUACCGCCGCUACACUUCGCUGCACAGGAUUUUAUCGAUAAAAUAAAGUUCUCCAACGAAGUAAACUAUGACCAGAUAGAAUCCGAUGUUGACAAAAUAAGCGCGAGGAUAAAAGAUAUCGAAGACGGUGCGAAGGAUCCCACGCGCCCGCAGUGGAUAACUGAUAACAAACUGUACAGCUUGAAGGAGAAGAUGCUACAAAUGAUAACGAAAGAGUCGUUCACGAGAAUAUCUUUUGGGGUCAUCAGCAAUUUCGUCGAUGCUGGCACACUGUUUCUGAAUAGCAGUCGCUGCACUCUCUGCUCGAAGCUGACGACGUGGUUCAAGCAGAUCAACCUGCAACUGUACAAGAAGCAGGAGUACGACAACUUGCUCUGUCAGAUGUCUGACCACAUGAGUCUAGAGGAGAUACACAAUACGCUCAAAUACGAAUUCCACUGGGAUAUGGCUUUCUCGGAGUUAAUAUCUACAAGAAACUACACGAACCACGAACUGAACAAAUCCAUCAACGAGUUCCUGGAACAGUUCAAACUGCAUCUCCUGGAGGAUAUGACCGCCGGCACCACCAAGAUCACAAACUGCUUAGCCGCGAAUGCCACCAGGAAUAUAUUCGGUAACAUUACAUUGUCAGCCCGAGUAGUAUCGUCAGCGGCGAAACUGAUCCGCUCGCAGCUGGCGCACCUGCGGGAGAUCGCCGGCAUGAACGACGUGCCCUUCCUGCAGCAGCUCUACGCCGACGUCGCGCACAACCUUCGAGCACAAGAUGCCUUCAACAAAUACGUCCUGAACAACUUCACCACACAUCUGUCUGCGCUGGUCAGGGAUCAAAAGCUGUUGACCAGCAUUGAAAACUCGAGAAUAAAUCUACAAGCGAUGUCGAUGCAGCAACCGGUUCAAGAAUAUUUAACGCUGGAAGGAGAUUCUUGGAUUGAUGUUUGUCAAAAGUACAAUUGUAGCAAGCUCUCCUACAUCAUCUCAGACAAUCUCAACAAGACGCUUAUACAAAAUAAUCUACCAAAACUGCAGCAGCAAGAAUUUUGGCAAUUCAAUUUCAUAUCGAACAUAUUCUACCACGUGGAAGUGGUGCUAGACCAUCUAGCGAGGCUCAUGGGCGUGGCGAGCCAGCUGGACUUCGAGGGAGUUCUGGCGGGAAACCUCACCUCAAUGAUAGAUACCGGCAUACAGAUCAUGAUGGACGAUUCUCUCAACAGCUUGCUGUACAGUAUUGUAGGUUUGCUGGAUGAGCUGCAAGUGAUCUUCCACAACACAACGCUGGAGCACGAUAUAAACGCCAUCGCAGCGGGCCUGACCAUAAUACGUGACCUCAAGCGAUAUGUCAUUGAACAAGACAUGAAGGUCAAUCUGUCACAGAUAUUCUCAAAUUCAGAAGGCAUCGAAAAGGGUUUCAGUCAAAUAGGAAUCAACAAUACCAAUUUCUGGUCAAUCGCUGCUCCGAGAAUACACGCUGGCUACAUUCGACUAAAACCGAUAUUUGCACCCAAAUCAGGGAAGUACCAAAUUAAGAGCUUCGUGUGUCAAGUAGACAAGAUGGCUUCAGUGAUCGUACCAGGUAACAUCGACGUGGUGACCGUAGACGACGUGUACGGGGCGGUUGCCGAUCAGCUGUGCGGAAUAUCCGACGCCCAAGCCAAGCAGAUGAUACCGGUGCUGCUGGAGAAUUUUAACUACACCUACAUAUUUGACAAGCUAAAAACGAAUCUGCUGUCGAAACUAUAUAAAGUAUCAAACCUAACACAAGAGGAAGGCGACAAAGUUUUUAACAAGUUUGGUGAAAUGACGGAAAUAAUACCAACAGUUCAAAAUAAGCUCGGCAAUGUUGCGGACUCACUAUCUAAAGAGCCGCUGAUGAUGCAAUUGAAGAGCGGUGGAUCUUUCGGCGAUUUGCUAUCGGGAUCUGAUUUACUAGCAAACACAGGGAAAAUGAUGUGCGGCAAGCCUUUUCGAACGGAACUAGGACGCUUCUACAAGGCGAUAGUUCAACUUAAAGAUCAAAACACGAAGCCAGACCCUGCGCAACUUAAAAUUAUGCCAACGGAUUUCUGCCGAGAUCUAUACACACAGGUAACGAGCAUGGACGGUGGAAAGAUAGUAUGGAGUUACGCGAAGCCGCUGCUCUUCGGCAAGAUUUUAUACACUCCUGAUGUUCCAGUUGUAAAGGAAAUCAUACAGAAGGCGAAUUCUACUUUCGCUCCUAUGUUUAAACUAGUAAGCAUAGUCCACUCCUUCGCCAACACAGUCCCGGCUCUGGAGAAGUUGAGCGAUCACCGCGACGGACUCAAAGGCCUCACGGAUCUCCUCUCGUCACCGCAAUACUCGGAGCUCCUGAGCAAUGUCAUAGGCAACGUGUCGGCCCCAGACGUCGACGUCGAAAAAUUGUUUGAAAGCUUUGGCGAUAUAAAUGACAUCACAGGUAUGAUAAAGAAAGCCUCAAACAUGCUGAGAUGUUUCGACUUGAACCGCUUCAGGGCUGUCUCCAACGAAACUGAACUAGGUCAUGAAGCAGGAAAACUAACGCGAGUCCGAGAAUUUUCUGCUGGUCUCGUCUUCAUGAACAUAUCUGAGAAAGAUACAAAAAUACCUUCUAAUAUAGAAUACAAAAUAAGGAUGGACAUUGAGAAUGCACCAACCACUAGAAGACUGAAAAACUAUCUAUGGAUCCCGGGACCCGAGGCAAACUUUUUGGAAGACAUGAGAUAUUUCCGCGGGUUCAUACAAAUACAGGAUACGAUAGAAAAGGCAAUCAUAGAACUAUCCAUCAAUCAGUCUAGAAGGAUCCAGAAGAGAGCAGCAGAAGGUAACGAACAAACGCCGAUGAGUUGGGCAACGUACACUCAGCAGAUGCCGUAUCCGUGUUAUAUGCAGGACUUUUUCCAAACUUCCCUGUACGCGUCUCAAGCUCUCAUCGUCGCGUUCUUCUUCUCCCUACUUCUGACGGUGUCGUCUGCUGUGAGGUUCAUCGUGAUGGACAAGGAGACAGGCAAUACCAUGCUAAUGUCAGUGAUGGGUGUGAACCUGAGCUACCACACGCUGUCGUGGUUCGUGGCGUGCGCGCUGGAGAUGUCGGUGACGGUUGCCGUCAUGACCGCCAUUUUAUAUUUCGGCAACGUCUUACCGCGCACCGACCCCAGCCUCGUGUUCGCCUUGUUCCUCAUCUAUGGCUGCUCUGCACUUAGUUUUUGCUACAUGAUAUCCAAGUUAUUUUCGUCGGCCAGUUUUGCAGCAGUUUGCACAGGGAUUGCCUUUUUAUGCACAUUCAUGCCUUUCGUCAUCAUUUUAUCUUUGGAAGCCGUUCUAACUAACUCAUUGAAAAUAAUUGUGAGUCUAUCGUCCUCAUCUUCCGUGUGCUACGCGCUGCUGUACCUGGCGCGGUACGAGGCGACGAACGCGGGCGCGGGCUGGCCGCAGGUGUGGGACUCACCCGACGGCGGCGACAACAUGAGCAUCGGCAUCGCCACCUGCAUGAUCAUCUUCGACACCUUCCUGUACUUUAUCAUCGGCCUGAUACUCGAUCACUUCCUCGGUAUACGAACAGAGAGCAACAUAACGACUUGCCGAGCGGUCGACGAGAAGCCGGGGGUCAGUAUAGUUAACGUGACCAAAGUGUACGGGAACUCGCGCAGUGGGAAGCUCGCCCUGGAUGGCGUCUCCAUGGAGCUGGUCAAGGGACAGAUCACAGCCCUGCUGGGGCACAAUGGAGCUGGGAAAACCACUCUAGUGAAAAUCCUAACAGGUAUGCUGAAGCCGACAUCGGGUCACGUGAUCGUGCGAUCAGCGGACGGAUCGCGGACGACGCUGGGCGUGUGCCCGCAGCGCGACGUGCUGUACGAGUACAUGACGGCGGAGGAGCACGUGGCGCUGUACGCGCAGCUCAAGAGCGGGCGGCCGCUGAGUGAGGUGCAGGACGAGGUCGACAGUCUGCUGGAUGUGUUGUCGCUGGGCGAAGCGCGUCGCGAGGCGGCGUCCCGUCUGUCGGGCGGCACGCGGCGGCGGCUGUGCGUCGCGCUGGCGUUCGUCGCGCGCCCGCACCUCGUGUCGCUCGACGAGCCCACCGCUGGCGUCGACCCUGCCGCCAGGAGGGACAUUUGGACGAUGAUAACGCGUCUGCGCGCGGACCGCACCAUCCUGCUGACCACGCACCACCUGGACGAGGCCGAGCUGCUCAGCGACCAGAUCGUCAUCAUGCACAAGGGACAAAUCCACACAACGGGAUCCCCGAUCGAAAUAAAACGGUCCCUGGGCAGCGGGUACAAGCUGACUGUCACCUACUCCGACACGAGGAGCGAGGAGGACAGCUCGGAGGAGGUCUGCCUGGAAGAGAAGACCAAGAACCUGCUGGCGACCGCGCGCAGCGUCGUCCGGAACGCCAACCUCGUCGACGCCAACGGCCUCGAAGUAGAGAUCAACCUCCCCUUCUAUGACCAAGAUGGAGUCAGCAACGAUUUCCCCCAGCUGUGCUGCACGCUGGAGGAGCAGCAGGUGGCGCUGGAGUUCGCCAGCUACGACAUGGAGUGCAGCAGCCUGGAGCAGGUGUUCUACAACAUCUGCAACCAGGCCGACGCCGCCGCCGCCAGCGUGCCAACGGAUAACGAAGUGUCAUCGAAGAGCGCGUCGACGUCGAGCGUGCGCAGCGACCGCACGCCGCUGGUGCCGGCGGACGGGCCGCUGCGCGCGCCCGCCACCAAGCAGCUCGCCGCGCUGCUGCACAUACGUUUCCUGCACUACACACGGAACAGAUGGCUGCUGUUCCUGCUGGUGGGGCUACCGAGCAUCUUCGUGACGCUGGCGAUGGCGUUCUCGACGGUGCGGCCGCCCGCCGACAUCGAACUGUCUCUCCGCCUCGACAGACACUUGUACGAGCCGACAACUGACUUUGUAGUGAUGAAUCCGUCGAUACAAGGAGACGGCGACUCGACAAUGGCACAGAAAAUUUUGGAUACGCUCAGAUUCGACACAGAGUUCAGAAACUGGACGGAAAAGGACUCGCCCGUGUGCAAGUGUAUGAACACGACGCAGCUCUGUGACGUGACGGAGGAGCCGGCGCGCCCGCAGACGAUGGUGUUACCCGACGUGCACACGCUCAACCGCUGGCUCGUCGACUCACAGCAGCUGUACAUCAACAAGCGCUACGGAGGUUUCUCUGGCGCGAUACGCAACGGGAGCACGUCGCUGGUGGCGUGGUACAACAACAAGGGUCACCACGCGAUGCCGGCGUACGUGAACGCGCUGCACGCCGCCGCACGCCGCGCGCUCACCGGCGACGCCGACGCCGACAUAGCGCUGCACACGCACCCGCUCAAGAUAUCAGAGGAGCAGAUCAAUAAGGACACUGUUUACCAGCACGUGGCGGACGCGGGCAUCUCGGCGAUGCUGGUGGUGGGGUACUCGCUGGUGUCGGCGGGCGGCGCCGUGUACCUGGUCACCGCGCGCCGCUCCCGCGAGAAGCGCCUGCAGCUGCUGGCCGGCGUCAGCCCCGCGCUCUACUGGGCCGCCGCGCUUAUUUGGGAUCUGCUGAUGAUCCUAGUGAACAUCGCGAUCAGCGCGCUCAUCCUGGAGCUGUUCCACUUCCCGGUGUUCGUGGAGCGCAACAACCUGCCCGCCAUCUGUAUACUCAUCUUCUUGUAUGGAUACGCGUGCUCCGGUCUGGUGCACCUGCUGGAGAAGCUGUUCUCAGAGCCGAGCCUGGCUAACAUGAUGCUGUUCUGCGGCAACUGCUUCGUCGGCCUGGCCGGCAUCACCGUGCUGCUCAUAUUGGACAUCAUAUCGGAUUCUGACGCGACGGACAACGCGCGCUGGGUGUUGCACAAGGUGUUCAUGCUGAGCCCGCAGUUCGCGCUCGCAGACGGCCUGCUAGAGGUCGCCAAGAACACCAUUCAGGCACAGGUGCUGGGCCAGUUCGGUCUGGACACGUACCGCGACCCGCUGUGGUCAGAUCUACUGACGCUGCACCUGUCGGCGCUGGUGGUGGUGGGCACCGCGCUCAUCGCGCUCAACCUUGCCGUCGAGUAUGACUGCUUCGACUCCCUGAUGCAGCGGUUCCGUCGCAAGCGUACGGCGGCGCACGAGUACGCCAUCGACAGUGACGAGGUGCGGGCGGAGGCGGAGCGCGUGCGCUGCUCGUUCGAGCCGCUGCGCCUGCGCACCAUCGGGAACAUCAACGCGGGUUACGUGGUAACAGAAACUGACAUGGAUCCCGCGAAGACGGGAUCGCUGAAGCGGUGGACGACGUCGUCAUCGCUGCGGAGCGGCGCGGGGGCGGGGCUUGGCGCGGGGGGCGGGGACGCCGCCGCCUGCGUGCACCUCAGCCGCGUGUACCGCACCAGCGACGGACACAAGCACGCCGUCAAGGACCUCACGCUCGGCCUACCGCGCGGACAGUGCACGGCGCUGCUGGGCGAGAACGGCGCGGGCAAGUCGACGACGUUCGCGAUGCUGACGGGCGAGCUGCGCCCCACCGCCGGCCUCAUACACCUCGACGGCGUACCUGCCACGCCCAGGGACCUGUGUCGCGGCCUUAUUAGUUACUGUCCGCAGCAGGACGCGAUCGAUCCGCUGUUGACGGUGCACGAGACGCUGCGCUUCUACUGCCGGCUGCGUGGUAUAGAUAAUGCUGAUGAGGUGAUAAGGCGGACGGUGGAGAUGUUCGACCUGAGCAAGUACACGGGGGUGCGAAGCGGCGCGCUGAGCGGCGGCAACAAGCGCAAGCUGUGCACCGCCAUCGCCUUCAUGGGCCGCACGCCGCUCGUGCUGCUCGACGAGCCCACCAGCGGCAUGGACCCGGGUUCUCGCGGGUGCGUGUGGCGCGGCGUGUCGGCGGCGUGCGGCGCGGGGCGCGCGGCGUUGCUCAGUACGCACGCGCUCGCGGACGCUCGCCGCGCCGCCACACGAGUCGCGCUCAUGCGCCGCGCGCGUCUUCGGGCCGUCGCGCCGCUCGAUCACUGUCUCAAACAGUUCGGCGGCGGCUGGGUGUGCGCUUGCCGCACGGCGGCGGGUGCGGCGCGCGCAGCGUGGCGGCGCAUCGCGGCUCGCGCACCUGCUUCGCUGCAGCUGCUGCACGACACCGCGCUGCACGUCGUGCUGCCGGAGGUCGCCACAGUGGAGGGCAAGGAGGUGCGCACGCGGCUGUCGGCGGUGUUCCGGCUGCUGUCGGAGCUGCAGGCGGCCGGCCUCGUGCGCGACUACACCGUCAACCGCACCGACCUCGACCAGAUGUUCCUGAGCUACUCGGACAAGCAGACGGUGGCGCUCGAGGAGUGGGACGGCCCCCACGACGGCCCCCACGAUGGCCCCCACGACGGCCCCCACGACGGCCCCCACGACGGCCUCCACGACGGCCCCCGUGACGGCCCCUGCGUCGGCCCCUACGGCACUCGCGACGACGACGUGGUCACGGCUCUGUGAUUACGCCGCUGUGACUAGGAUUAUGACGACCACUCCAGCAGUUAUUCACACCGACUAGGAAAAUAAAAAUGAUUAUUUAUUUUUUUCCGAAACUGACUUUUCCGAGGUUGUAAAUAGCCUUCUAAAGUGCGGUCGUCGUAGUCACACAUAAAUGUUAUAUUAUUCCUAUCUCAUUGACACAAAAAAUAUGCGUAUGCGAGUGAAAGAGUGAGAAUAAAUACAUAAUUUGUGUGUCAAACCACAAAACCAUAAACCAUAAAAUGAGAACGUAUGAGUUGAAUCCGCGUGCUCCGCGGCCGCACUUUAGAUCUUUGGUGUCAACGUAUUAUAUUUUAGAAAAUUGAGAUAGAUACAAGCUGCUGGAGUGAAUAGAUAGAUAAUGUUUGCUCAAUCGUUUUAUGAAUCUCAGGCCCUGUAUACUGAUUUUAUUUUACUGAUAUAACGUGCAAUCCUCUUUAUUUUAGAUAUUUUCGUUUUAUUAUUACAAUUAAUAAGUUAUUUUUUUUAGCUACAUUUUGAACAUUAUUUAUAACUUAAAAAUCAUAAUAUAACUUUGGUUUCAUCUUCAACAACGACCAAAAAUUCUCUUAGAUUUAAUAUAGUAGACUUAAUGUAGAUAGGGAAGACAUGACAGAGAAUAAUGAACAAGAUAUCUUAAGAUUUUUUAUAAAAAAAUACGUACGUGGACCAAUGUUACCUAAAUAAUAUUUUAUAGCCAGUAUAAUAUAAGUGUAAAACACUUGUAAAAUAUUAUGUUGUCUAGAGCGAGGAGACUGUGAUAUGUACUUAUAUGUUUUACAUUGUGUUUAAAUUAAAACAUUUUUGGUAUCGGAAA